AUCAUCAUCAUCAUCAUCAGUGCGCAUUCUGUCCUCUGGAGCAGCAACGGAACACUGCGGGCUUACGACACAAAAACAAACCCAAUCUAACGUCGGUGCUUUCUGCUCAGACAGCUCGACAAGAUGAACACAUACUUUAGCCGCUUUCACCCUGUCAUCGCCGGCUGUGUGCUGGUCGGUUUGGUUCUGGCUUUGGAAGAUGGCACGGAUCACCCGGUUGUCGGAGCUCCGGGAUCCCCGGUCCGUCUGUCGGAAUCAGACCCGGCGGUUCUGAAAGCAGUUAAAUUUGCUGAAGAGCGGUACAAUAUGGGGUCCAAUGCGAUGCACGUACGCCGUGUCAGCAAGAUCCUUUCGGCCAGCAAACAGCUGGUGAAAGGUGUAAGGUACAGUAUUAUGGUGGAGAUUGGAAGCACGCAGUGUAAGAAAUCUGUAGCGCUGAGUGCUGUGGAUACCUGUGAGUUUUUCCCUGAGCCUCACAAACAGAAGACGGAAGUGUGUUUGUUUGAGGUUUGGGACAUUCCCUGGGAAAGUAAAUCCACACUUCUUAAACAGAAGUGUCAGCCUGCAGUUUCCAAGGAGCCCAAAAAGGUUGCGGCUGUACCCUUAGCCCAUGGCAAACCUUUGAAGGAAUCUGUAGAGCUUUUGACCCAGUUCAAAAACUUUAUGAUCACAUAUAACCGAACCUAUAGCUCCCAAGAGGAGGCUGAGAAGCGUCUGCGCAUUUUCCAGGAGAAUAUGAAAACAGCACAAACGCUGCAGUCUCUGGAACAGGGGUCAGCUGAGUACGGGGUCACCAAGUUCAGUGACCUCACAGAGGAUGAGUUCCGAAUGAUGUACCUGAACCCAAUGCUGAGUCAGUGGAGCUUGCAGAAGAACAUGAAGCUGGCGACUCCUACCAGUAAAGCUGCUCCUGACAGCUGGGACUGGAGGGACCAUGGUUUGGUCAGCCCUGUGAAGAAUCAGGGCAUGUGUGGCUCUUGCUGGGCAUUCUCCGUGACUGGAAACAUCGAGGGACAAUGGUUUAAGAAGACUGGACAGCUACUGUCCCUCUCAGAGCAGGAAUUAGUGGACUGUGACAAUCUGGACCAAGCAUGUGGAGGUGGACUGCCUUCUAAUGCUUAUGAAGCCAUCGAGAAGCUUGGCGGUCUUGAGACUGAAACGGACUACAGUUACACAGGACACAAGCAGAGCUGUGAUUUCUCGAUUGGGAAGGUGGUCGCUUACAUCAACAGCUCUGUUGAACUGCCCAACGAUGAGAACCAGAUUGCUGCUUGGUUGGCUGAGAAUGGCCCGGUGUCCGCUGCCCUCAAUGCUUUUGCCAUGCAGUUCUACAGAAAGGGAGUGUCCCACCCUCUAAAGAUCUUCUGCAACCCCUGGAUGAUUGACCACGCUGUGCUGCUUGUGGGAUAUGGAGAACGAAAUGGCACUCCAUUCUGGGCCAUCAAGAACAGCUGGGGAGAGGACUAUGGGGAGCAGGGUUACUAUUACUUAUACAGAGGAUCCAGACUGUGUGGAAUCAACAAGAUGUGCUCAUCUGCAAUUGUGAAUUAGACAAACACGCACGCACACGCACACACACACACACACACGUGCACAUACAUACA